UUUUGUCCGCACGAACCGUCCGUCUAGCAGCCCCGUCGAAGCGAACCGCCGCAGCGCAUCACCAGUGUACACGCUUGCUGCCGCACCGAACGGACGCCGAACGGUUUCGACGGUUUGUCGCAGUGGGUCGCCCGGUACGCAUCUCAGUCAGCACGAAACAGUCGUGGCGUACGCUGCCGAACCGCGUGGGGGUUUUACCGCAUCCAGAGCGUUUCGAAUCCUGUGUAUAUUCGCGUGUCCACCGUAUGAGCGCGUACGGCAAUUUUUACGGUAGUGAAAAAGUGAUUGGAAAUUUUUUCUCUUAAAGUGUUGGAAAAAUAAAUAGAAGACAGAACAGAAAAAGAAAGCAAGCAAGCGUUUCGUUGACAUUCGAAUGGUGUUUUGAUUUUGCGAAUUUUUGGCACACGAGUGUACAAAACAAGAGAGUGAAAAACAGUGAGUUUAUUUUAAGCUGCAAAGCGUCUAAAGCUUUGCUAAUCGCUACUGUCGUGUUCUUUGUGGUGCAGGAAAAAUAUUUUAGUGCAAGGUGUGAAAGUGAACCAAAAGUGAAAAAGUGAAAAGAAGUACGAAAAAACAGUGAAAAACCAGCGAGUUUUUGAAAAAGAAAAAAAGGAAAAUUGAGUGAAAGCGUUAAAAAACCGUAUGAAAAUACACGCAAACGAAUAAAACGAAACAAGAAAAGUAAACAGUAUCGCGAUCGUGCGUGAGUUCCUAUCGCCAGCCAAGUGAGUGCCAAGUGAGUGUCUGUAUCCUUUUUCAUCCCGUUGCUCGAUUGGUUACGAUCGCUGCCAGUGUUGGUGCGCGUUCGGCUUACUAUCAACCACAACUGUACAGUGACACGCAACAAGGACGGGAAGCAGUCGUGAGCAACAAUCAACCGACAUGUUCAUACCCUUAACAAGAGCUUCUUAAGGCAAGCGUAUCACAAGAAAAUUAACCAGAGCCUUUUUUUUGUUUUCGCUGUGACAUUUCGAAAGUUUUUCCGUGCGUGCGAGUGUUCUAUAGUGCUGUGCUAAAGUUGUUUUUGUCCCCCUCCCUGAAUGUGCGAAGCUCUAUCAUUUCCACCAGCCCAAUUGUCUGUGUGUGUCUGUGUGAUUGAGUGAGUGUUUACAUUUUGUUUUCUACAAAGGAAGAAAAUGCGAACGGAAUCACAUACACGUUGCCGUUCGAUAUGGAGCAAGCUGGUCAGAUAAUAGCAUAAUUGGAUUUGCCCAUUCUUAGCUGGAAGCUCACGGGGGAAAAAAAAGAAACGAGCGCGGGGAAAAAAGAAAACGGGAAGAAAAGUGGAAAAUAAGUCACAGCAGUCGGAGCAGUGUUUGGAAGAAAAUCGAAUCAACACGCGCGUCGUCGCGUCAAAAGGCGAACCGUGCGCUAGUGCUGUGUGUUUCGUUUGUGGGUGUGUGGGUGUGUGUAUAAAAGUGUGUUUUUCUUUCCACACCCACCUCGCGCACGCCUCCUCUCUCCCCCUAUCUGGGUGGUGUCUUUGGGAACGCACGCGACGAGUCAACGCGAGUGCCACGCAGCAGCAGCAAAUAUACAGCUCCUGCUAGGAAACAAUUCAAGAUCAUCGGCCGGGUACACAUCGUACUAGAAUUGUUGGAGAUGCAUCGGGACCGGUAGCCGACACGAGACGGAAGCCAACGCAGCGGAAGUGACGGUAAAGGAAACCGAAAGAAACCACACAUAUCCCCCGGACCGGCCGGAACCGCCUCGCGUACUGUGUGCAAAAACUGCACAGCAAUGGCGAGAUCUGCGAAGACGAGCUUACGAUACGUAGUGCUAGUGCAUGCCACCGUCGCCCUGCUACUAUCCCGGACAGUGCUGACAGCGGCCAAAAGUGCAAACGGUGGUGGUGGGGCCGGUGGCAGUAGUGGUGGGGCCAGUGGUAGUGGUAGUGCAAAUGGGGUACAAAAGUUUGCGAUGGAGCCCCAGGACCAGACGGCGAUUGUGGGCUCGCGCGUAACGCUACCGUGUCGCGUGGAGUCCAAGGUCGGUCAGCUCCAGUGGACGAAGGAUGACUUUGGGCUCGGGUGGCACCGGAAUCUGAGCGGGUUCGAUCGGUACUCGAUGGUGGGCAGUGACGAGGAGGGUGACUACUCGCUCGAGAUCUAUCCGGUCAUGCUGGACGAUGAGGCCCUGUACCAGUGUCAGGUGGGCCGGGGAAAGGAUGGAACGCCCGGUAUAAGGUCGAGAUUUGCAAAACUUACAGUAUUAGUUCCACCGGAACCGCCAAAAAUAGUGCAGGGUGACUUUCUGGUCACCACCGAGGAUCGGGAGAUUGAGCUCGAGUGUGUGUCGGUGGGUGGGAAACCAGCGGCCGAAAUCACCUGGAUCGAUGGGCUCGGUAACGUUCUAACGUCGGGCAUCGAGUAUGUGAAGGAACCGAUGACCGAUACCGGCCGAUUUACGGCGAAAUCGAUCCUGAAGUUAACGCCCAAGAAGGAGCACCAUAAUACAUCCUUUACGUGCCAGGCACAGAACACAGCCGACCGGACGUAUCGUUCGGUGAAGCUGAAGCUGGAGGUGAAGUAUGCGCCCAAGGUGAGCGUCUCCGUUAUUGGAGGUGCGUUAUCGGGCGGCAGAAUUCCGGAGGGUGCCGAAGUACGGCUAUCCUGCCGUGCGGAUGCGAACCCGAGCGAAGUCACCUACAAGUGGUACAAGGCCGAUGAGCCAAUUUUGGGUGACUAUACAACGGAGAUGGUUAUACACAAUGUCACGAAAGAGUACCACGACGCUGUCAUCAAGUGUGAGGUGCAUAACGCCGUCGGCAAGAGCGAAGAAAGUGAAAUUCUGGACAUCAGUUAUGGGCCCACGUUUCGCACACGGCCCCAAUCCGUGGAAACCGACAUCGACCGCAAGGUCACGCUGACCUGUGAUGUCGAUGGGAACCCACCGCCAGAGAUUAUCUGGGUGCACGAGGACACAACACGCAUCGUGUCCAACUCGGCCAACAUAACGCUCAUGGCAACACGCGAAACAGCUGGCAACUAUUACUGCAAGGCAAGCGUACGGGGUUUCCCGGACAUUGAGGCAUCGGCAGCGAUUCAUCUGAAGGGACCACCCGCCAUACGCUCACCGCGUCAACAGUACGGUUCGAUGAACGAUAACGCUCAGAUCCAGUGCGAUGCGAUCUCGAUUCCGAAAGCAAAGCAGGUGAUCUGGACGUACAAUGGGCUGGAGCUAACUAGUGAAAACGAUCACACGAUACUGGAGAACAGUUCACCCGAAGGUGUACGGUCCACGUUGAUUAUCUCGAAAAGCCAACGGCAACACUUUGGCGUGUACAACUGUACCGUGCUGAACGAGUACGGUAGUGAUUCACUCGAGAUUCAGUUCGCACCGAUGGAGUCCUCAUCGUUGCCGGUCGUCAUACUGAUAGUGGUCUGCGUGUUCAUCACCAUUGUGUUUGCGCUUGUGGUGAGUUUGUGCUGUUGCGAGCGUAAAGGUAACAAGAAGCUACCACCGGCCGAUGUGAUAACAGACCAGCACUACAUGACGGAAAAGUGUAAAGAAAGUGACCGCUCGUCUAAUGUGAGUGAUCUGAAGAUUGAUCGGGACCAUGAGUAUUCGGAAACCUGCUCCGGCACGGACAGUAUCGCGACGCGUCUUGCGAUGAACAUGAUGGGUUCGUCGAGCGGUGGCAGCAACAACAGUGGCGGUGGUGGUGGUGGUGGUGCACCUGUCAAUGGAGGUGGUGGAGGCGUUCCACUCGCUGGACCUGUUCGCAUUCCCAACGAUUAUCGAUACUCGGGUGAUUAUUCAGACGGUAUCGGGUCAUCGCUGCAAGCCAAGAUCGGCCAAAGUAAUGGUGGGUACGUACCGUACGUAGACUACGCACCGGACUAUAAUCUGCCAAUGCACAUAUCGAGUAACGGUCAGCUACCGAACGGCAAUCUUAGUCUGACGAGAAAUCGCGAACUUCGUCAGGACAACGGUCUGCCAAGCAUCCAGAGUGGCAUGGGUUCUCUGUCGGCUGGUCUGAUGAAUACUUCGCUGAUGAACGCACCGAGCAUAGAUCCACGGUACAGCGCGACGUACGGUAAUCCUUACCUGCGCAGCAGCAGUUCCCAUCUACCACCGCUUCCACCUCCCAGCACGGCCAAUCCGGCUCUUACGCCGGCACCACCACCAUACAGUGCCGGUCGCCAUCCGACGAGUGCGCUGCUAAUGGGCGUCAACAUUGGCGUUAACUCGGGCAGUGUGAUCGGGAUCGGUUCCAGUCUAACCAGUCCCGAGUCGAUCCGCUCGACGAGUGCGGGCAGUGAUCCAAACAGCACGAUGCAGCAGCAGGCCCAGCAGCAGCAGCAGCAGCAGGGCGGACAGCUCGCCGGUUGUCAAACAGGUAGCCCUGCACCGGGUCAGUUUAUACUCCCGGCGAACGGGGACAUACGCAAGGGUGCGCUCGCCACCCACGUCUAGUGACCGUUCCUCAAAAAAGUCCACCGAGCCAUAGUAUCGUAUGUGGAGACUCCAAUGUCGCUGGUCCGCUUGUUGCUUCUCGUGCAAGCAUUAGACGCGUCUGCAGGGUCAUUCCUACGCAAGGUAGGAAAUCACCGGACAUCGCUUAUUGGAAGAGACACAAAAAGCAACAAACAAAAACCUUCCCCCGCUAACUCCUCGCUCUCUCUCCCCCCCCCCCCCCCCCCCAUCCAUUCCCUCCAGCUCUAUCCUAUUGCGUCCUUACGCACGGUCGCAGGUUAAGCCCAAUUGUCGUACACAGUACACCAUCACGUGCUCCAUGAUUUGUUUUGUGUAGUUUCGGAUCAACAAAUCUUAAUCUUAGGAUGCAGGAAUUGCAUCGCGAAAGGUGUUGUGUUUGGUUGGUUUCUCGCUUGGAAUAUUUUUUUGUUUCUUUAUUCUAUUGUUUUGAGAGAAAAUCUAGCUCGUUUUUGUUUUGUGUAGGCUGAAAUAAAAUGGCAGAAAAUGCCACAAGAUUUUCUCUUGUUUGAACACUGAACGCUGCCAAAACGAUGGCUUGUUUAUUAGGCUUGGCUUAUUAGGGUUCGAACAGGGUUUUUUUUUUGUUCUGCAGCGUUCCUUCACACGGAUAAAACUCACACACAUACACAUUCAUGCAUACAGUUUAAUGCAUACAGUACACUUGGUGGGCUUUUUUCCUGAUGCAGUUUGAUCGUUUACGUUCUACUUUCAUUCAACAAUGUGUGGCCUUAUUAAAGAAAAAUGAAGAAAAAACGAAGUUUUAAAGGAUAAAAAAGGUAACGAAAACGAAACAACAACAACAUUAAGAGUAACACAAUCAAAAACAAACACACACACACACACACACACAAGCACAUAUUGAACAAAACUGAACACAUGGUGGCAAAACAGUGAAUUAAAUUGGGAUUGGUGCAAAGCAAAAAAGGGGGAAAAGAAUAUACAAGUGAACGGCGUAACCGAAUGUUGGUAAACAUGAAAAGGAAUUCACUAAAUUCUUAUGUAUUCUUAUAGAUAUAUAUAUAUAUAUACAUACAUACAUACAUAUAUCUAUGUGCGCGUGUAUACUCGUCGGGUGUGCAUAUAUACUCGAGUGUUUAUAUAUAUACAUUGAAGUGUCGCUUAAGAUGGAGGCUGGUUUUAGUGAGGAGACACACACACACACACACAUACACAAAGAUUUGCUUUUGCUCGCAAGGAUAGCUCAGUGAGCUCAAGCACGUUUAAGAAGGAAAAAAAGUUAGCAAGAUUUUAAUAACAAAACAAAAACAAACAUACCAACACAUUUACACUAUCACACACAUCUACAAAGCCUGCAGAAGAAUCAUAAAAAAAACUGCAAUACAAACACAAACAAAAACCAACUGAUGCUAGGCAAGCUUUAGCUUUAAACACAUGUUUAGCGAAUUGAGUGAUGCUAGAAGAAUUUAUUACACACACACAUACACACCCACAAUCGUCCUUGAUUGAAGAAGGGAUACAAAAGGAGAAACAAAACACAAAAGAAGAAUUGAUACCGACCCUGAGCCUGAUGAAGAGUAUUUAACGAAGGCCAAACAUACAUAUACGCAUGUGCAUUUGGUCUGCCACCUGUGUGCGUGCGUGUGACUUAAUCUGUGGCAAAAAACAAAACCCCCCGUUUUUUCCCCCAUUUUCCCCCGCUCUCCCAGUGCGUGUGAGUUUGGUCUACUGUUCAGCUGUUCCGUUGCCGAGCAACGCGUUUGUAACGCUAGGACAAGGGUGUUGCCUACAAGGCGCUGCUCGUACGACACCGUAACGCACGCCGUUUUACAAAUGCCUUCUGCUGCUAUGUCUCCUUCUUCUUGCUUCUAGCACGCGCGUUGCAAGUACACGCUCGGUGAAGACCGUUAUUAGAUAGUAGCAAAUGAACGAAAGGUGAAAUUAAUUGCAAGCAAGCAAAACAAAAAGGUGAAGAUGUGUGUCCCGAUCGACCCAAUUCCCAUCCCGCCAUCCUUUUUUUCUGCUUCCGUUUUGCUUUCUUUGUUGUUCAAGCAGGUGAGCGAGGAACGUGUUUUGAACUGGCGCCAGCCAUUCAUGUGAGAAUAUACCAAAUUGUUUUUUAAAUGUAUAGAUUUUAAUUUUUAAAAGCUACGAAUUCAUUAACGUUACAAAAGCAUCGUCGUCGAUAAGAUUUCACAACAACAACAAAACUGACCCUGGUGCAUCGUUUAGAAACUGUAUUAGUGUAAGAUUUAGAUAAGAAAAUUAAAUUAAGAUUAAAACGAACAAAAACAAAAAAACGGAACUCCAGGAGCGCAUUUUCUUAAUGAAAAAAAAACAAACAAGAAAACAAGUUAAAGGAAAACAAAAACCAAAUGCCCUCCACAUUCGCUAGGCCAUUCGACUGAAAUUGUAGCGUUAGAGGCGACCCAGUACCUAGCUAACUGGACGUUGUUUUAUUUUCAUGUUUUGUUACACAACACACAAAACAUACCUGUAGCUUCUCAUUGCAAAUCGUUCAAACCCUUUCAUUUUCAACCUAGGCAGUAAGUACUUAUCCGGUUAAGAUGGUUUUGUUAGAGAAGAAAAGGCAAAACAACAAUCAAGUGCAAACAGAAAAGGAAGAGCAAAACAAAGUAUGCUCUCUUACCCACAAAGCCAGGCUAAACGAAAACAAAUAAGGUGAAAUAUUAUAAGUAAAACAAAAGGUGAAAAUAGGGAAAAUAUUUAGUGCAAACCUCGAUGGAGACGCCUGGUGUUUUGUCGCGUUGAUGGAUAAAUUUUAUUUCCCCGUUUACGGUGCUGUUUGCAGGCCUCGGCACGACAUAUUACAGUGCUUUUAAGAUUUUCCUUAAAAAUGAGGGACUACAAAUGUUCUGCGUGUGUGUGCGUGAGUGAGUGUGUGUGUGUUUGUAUAUAUACCUAGCAAUGCCAUUACGGAUACGGACGUACGAUCAAUAUAUUUAAAGAAAGAAAAUAAAACCACACAGACUCGACUCGACUGCCUACAGACGUUCAAAACACACGCACACACAUAUACACACGCACAUGCACAUUUUUAACGGCAUCUAUAUGCAAUCAGAGAGAGAGAGCGAAAGGGGAAGCUAAGCAUAUAUAAAUAUACAUUCAUAACACAUACAUUACAAUUAUACGCCAGUAUCAACACAACAAGAAAGAAAAACAAUGGCAUACGCAAUCUAUCAAUACCUGUACAUAGGCGCGAUAUUUCAAGUGCAUACGACUGUUGACCGGUAUGUACGUGUGAGCGUAGCGUACAUACGUUAUAUAUAUAGAGAGAGAGGUAUACAUGAUACAUGCAUCCAUUAUGAAAAAAAGAAAAAGAGAAAAGAUAUAAAAAAUAAGAGCCUAUAAUAGACCAGUAUGCUUAUCAUAGAUAGUGGAAAUUAAAAAUUCGGAGAAUAAAUCAACUGUAUUAUAAUACAUUUAGAGAGGAGGAAAAAGAAACAGAAAAGUAUAUCAUGUCUCCAAUUCCUACUCCAUUUUCCCGCUCGUCUCCCCCCCAACGCCUUCUCCUUCCUCCUCCUUCAAAUGAAGCGUUUGUAUGAGAGUGUGCGUGUGUGUGUGAGUGCAUGUGUUAUAAUAAUUAUUAUUAUAACCUUUUUUCCGACCGAGAAAAUGAAAACACUAUUAGGCUUAUACCAGCGACCGAAACUGGGUUUAUCGGGGGAGACAGAGACCGGGGACGGCUGAGCAAAAGGUAGCUGUACUGUAAGGAAAUCUAAGGUAACACCCACAUACACAUACAGAACACGAAGCGAAGAAACGGCAACAGAGAACGCAUGUGAACAAAACUGUCAAUUUGUACAUAGUAAAAUUCUUUACUAUAGCGUUAAGUAUUUGAAAGUCAAUUGAAUCUCAUUUAAAUAAACGAAACAGAUUUUAAAAACUGACAA